AUGGCGGAUAAUAAUCCUGACUGUCCAGAUAAUGCAAAGGCGUUUGUGCCCCUCGAAAACAAUCCGGAAGUCAUGUCGCAUCUAAUCCACCAGCUUGGCCUUCCGCCUACCCUUGGCUUUGCGGAUGUUUACAGCAUCUCUGAUCCAGAGCUUCUAGCCUUCAUUCCUCGCCCUUCACAAGCUCUCCUUCUUGUCUUCCCCGUCUCUGAAACGUAUGAAAAGACCCGAGUUGCUGAAGAUGCUGGCAUCGAACCAUAUACUGCUUCCGGGCCUCAGGAACCCGUAACGUGGUUCAAACAGACUAUCCGUAAUGCAUGUGGCCUCAUUGGUCUUCUACACGCUGUAUCCAACGGCGCGGCAAAGAAGGAAAUUGCCAAGGGCUCUGACCUAGACCAGUUAUUACGGGAGGCUAUCCCAUUAGCCCCCCAACAAAGAGCAGACUUGCUGUAUUCUAACUCUGCCCUGGAGAGUGCACAUUCAGACGCUGCAAAGAAAGGCGAUACGAGUGCGCCUAGUGCAGAAGAGAAGGUUGACUUGCAUUUUGUGUGUUUUGUUAAAGGUGACGAUGGCCGGCUAUAUGAACUUGAUGGGAGGAGAAAAGGUCCACUGUGUCGAGGAGAGCUGGCUGAAAAUGAAGACAUGUUAUGCGAGAAGGCACUUGAUAAGGGGGUGCGGAGGUUCUUGAAGACAGAAGAAGCAGCCGGACAGGGUGACUUGAGGUUCAGCCUUGUUAGUCUAGGGCCAUCAUUUGAUUGA